CUUUCAUUUCAUCACACACCUAUGCCUAUCAACACGAUUCCGUAAGUAUAUAUAUAUACAUAAAUGGUUACCCUUCCCACCUUUCUCUUUCCACUCACACACACAGUACUACUCUCUUCUCCAUCGUAAGUCCUAACGAAGCAAAGCAACCAUAUCUCAGUUCUCAGUUCUCACAUGCAACAGUAGUUGGAAAUUGGAAUGUGAGAAAUAGAUAGGUGGGGGGAGCACGUGCAAACAAUCAUUCUUCUGUUUCUUCACUUCUAUGGCUGUGGAAGCAUUGUAUUUGUAUGAUAAACUAACCACAGUCAUGACCUCUGAUCAUGCUUCCGUCGUCUCAAUGAACCUUUUUGUUGCUCUUCUCUGCGCUUGCAUCAUCAUCGGUCAUUUGUUGGAGGAGAACCGAUGGAUCAAUGAAUCCAUCACUGCCCUUCUCAUUGGUCUCUGUACUGGGGUCUUUAUAUUGUUUACUACUGGAGGAAAAAGCUCUCAUAUACUUGUCUUCAGUGAAGAUCUUUUCUUCAUUUAUCUUCUUCCACCCAUCAUCUUCAAUGCCGGGUUUCAGGUGAAGAAGAAACAAUUUUUCCUCAAUUUUAUGACUAUAAUGCUCUUUGGUGCAGUUGGUACUUUGAUAUCAUUCUGCAUAAUAUCACUAGGUGCCAUACACUUUUUUCAGAAAUUGGACAUUGGUUCCCUGAAGAUUGGAGAUUUUCUAGCAAUUGGAGCAAUAUUUUCAGCAACAGAUUCUGUUUGCACGUUGCAGGUUCUUAAUCAGGAUGAGACUCCCUUACUAUAUAGCCUGGUCUUUGGGGAGGGGGUAGUAAAUGAUGCUACCUCCGUAGUUCUCUUCAAAGCAAUUCAGAAUUUUGACCUUUCUCACAUUGACUUAACCACUGCCUUGCAAUUAUUAGGGAAUUUUUUGUAUUUAUUCAUUGCAAGCACUGUGUUGGGAAUCUUUGCUGGAUUGCUCAGUGCAUUCAUUAUUAAGAAGCUCUAUUUUGGCAAGUUGAUAAGGCAUUCUACAGACCGUGAGGUUGCUCUCAUGGUACUCAUGGCAUACCUUUCAUAUAUGCUAUCUGAACUAUUUUCUUUAAGUGCCAUUCUGACUGUUUUCUUCUGCGGCAUUGUUAUGUCUCACUACACGUGGCAUAAUGUGACAGAGAGUUCAAGAGUGACAACCAAGCAUGUUUUUGCCACUUUGUCAUUCAUUGCUGAAAUCUUUAUCUUCCUCUAUGUGGGGAUGGAUGCAUUAGAUAUAGAAAAGUGGCGAAUUGUAAGUCAAAGCCCAAGAAAAUCAAUUGGGGUCAGUUCGUUGCUGUUGGCACUUAUCUUAGUGGGAAGAGCUGCAUUUGUUUUCCCUUUGUCCUUCUUAUCCAACUUGCUUAAGAAGUCUCAAUCUGAGAAAAUUGAGUUAAAACAACAAGUAACAAUUUGGUGGGCUGGUCUCAUGCGUGGUGCUGUCUCUAUCGCACUUGCUUACAAUCAGUUUACCAGGCUGGGCCAUACUAAACUGCGGGAGAAUGCCAUCAUGAUCACUAGUACCAUCACUGUUGUACUCUUCAGCACAUUGGCGUUUGGGUUGAUGACAAAGCCACUUGUGAGACUAUUGCUUCCUUGGUCUAAACACGUAAUGAGCUUGCCGUCCCCACCAUCGACACCAAAAUCAUUCACUGUGCCACUUCUUGGCAGUCAAAAUGGGCCUCCACCAAGCACCUUGAGGAUGCUCCUAAGCUGCAUUCCUACUCGUGGAGUUCACCACUAUUGGCGCAAGUUUGAUGAUUCUGUAAUGCGACCCGUCUUUGGUGGACGAGGUUUUGUACCCUACGUUCCCGGGUCACCCCUUGAACAAAGUGUUCAUCAGUGGCAUUGCACUUAAUUAGAAGAUAUAUAUAUAUACACACACACACAGAUACUGAUUGAUUAUGUGAUGGAUGGUGUUGUUGUGGUGUAAAAUUGGCUUGGCUUUGGUUGUGUGCACUUUUGUCAAUAGUUACAACAUUUCAACUUCAUUACAUGAUACUAAAAGAGAAGACAAGGUGUUAGGGGAAGAAUUUAUGUCAACGCAGGGCAUUUUUUUUGUCCCCCUCAUUUUGUUGACAUAGACAGAGGGGGUUGCUUGCUUUGCUUUUUAGUGUUACGUUGUAACUUGAUGCUCUGUUAAGGUGAUUCGAAUUAAUUUUGUGUGUAUACAUGUUAUGGAUGGGAAAUUCUUGACAGUUAAUAUAGUUUUUGUGUUGCUUGGUUGUAUUUAUUGUUACAAUUUUUUGAAGGAUAAUUUUGUGGGCUUUGAA